GAAAACUUCAGGCGCCGCGACUAACUCCGCGGCACCACCCCCCACUCCCCCCCGGGGCCACGGCGGGACCCCGCGGCCCGGCGCCGAGCCAUGUACACGUCCAGGCUCUUCACCCUCGUCCUGGUGGUGCAGCCGCCCCGCGUCCUCCUGGGCAUGAAGAAGCGCGGGUUUGGAGCCGGGCUGUGGAACGGCUUCGGGGGGAAGGUGCAGCCGGGGGAGAGCAUCGAGGAGGCGGCUCGCAGGGAGCUCCUGGAGGAGAGUGGACUGACUGUGGACACCUUGCAGAAGAUGGGUCACAUCACCUUUGAAUUUGUAGGCAACUCUGAGCUCAUGGAAGUCCAUAUUUUCCGGGCAGAUCAUUUUCAUGGAGAGCCAACAGAAAGUGAUGAAAUGCGUCCACAAUGGUUCCAGCUGGAUGAGGUGCCAUUCAAUCACAUGUGGGCAGAUGAUAUCUACUGGUUUCCCCUGCUGCUUCAGAAAAAGUUGUUUCGUGGCUAUUUUAAGUUCCAGGGACAAGACACUAUCCUGGAGCACACCCUGAAAGAAGUGGAGGAAGUUUAAAAAAACGGAAGCAUUCAACCCAUGUGCUGCUGCCCACACUGGGCUAGAACACCAUGAGUACUACUGAGAAGGGUCCCUUUUCUCAACUCUCCAACAAAAGGAGACUCAUCUGCCAGGACACUGGAAGUAAGGAAAACAAGGGGUUUUCUUAGAGCAGAAAGAAGUAAUGAGAUUUCCCAUGCUGUGAAGUCCCUGUCUGUGGUAUGUUUUAGUGGUUACAUGAUCCCAACUAUGAAAAACUUAGUGUUAACCCUUUUCUUUGCAGGUGGCUAAUUUUUCUGGCUUUUCCCUCAUGACUGGAAAGUUUUUAAAAGAUUAAAAAUGGUUUUUUUUUAGUAAAA